AUGGCGGCGCCCAUACGAAUUCAUGCGUUUUGUUGCCGGGUAAGCAUCGCUAACCCCAUAAAACAGUGUAAGCGCUAUCUAUCCUUCACUGUCCACAGAAAUAGUCAGCCUAAGGAUGAUACGGAAUCAAGACAGACGCAUUUCGGUUACGAAUCUAUACCAGAACAGGAUAAAGAAGAAAGAGUUUAUGAAGUAUUUAAAAAGGUUGCCGGCAGUUAUGACCUGAUGAACGACGCCAUGAGUAUGGGUGUCCACCGGGUUUGGAAGGAUCGCUUUAUAGAUAGAUUAGCGCCUAAUCCGGGGACACAGCUACUGGACGUAGCGGGGGGCACAGGUGACAUUGCUUUUAGAUUCCUCAAAUAUACAAAAUCGUUGGAAAGAAAACACGGAAAUAUAAAUACGGAAUCAAGCGACGAUUCAGACUUUGAUUUAACAAGGGACAUUACCCCUCAGGCUUUUGGAAUUCCUGAUCAUUAUGCCGACGAUCAAGUUCUGUCGAGUGCGGAUUCCUCCUCGAGCUCUUCUGAUGAGGAGGAGAGUUUGGAGCGUGCGUCACCAAAAACUCAUGUAACUGUCUGUGAUAUUAACAAAGAAAUGCUGGAGGUGGGAAAAGGGAGAGCUCGUGAAAUGGGAUUAGUAAAAGGUCUGUCAUGGGUUCAAGGAAAUGCUGAGAGUCUGUCAUUCGGGGACAACCUCUUUGAUGCCUAUACAAUUGCCUUUGGUAUCAGAAACUGUACCCAUGUAGACAAGGUGGUGGAAGAGGCGUAUCGAGUAUUAAAACCGGGAGGACGGUUUAUGUGUCUGGAGUUUAGUCAGGUGACCAAUCCGCUACUACGCAGCGCAUACGAUAACUACUCCUUUCAAGUUAUCCCUGUGAUGGGACAGGUCUUAGCCAGGGACUGGAAAUCCUAUCAGUACCUGGUGGAGAGCAUACGACAGUUCCCGGACCAGGAAGAAUUUGCCUCGAUAAUAAGAAGAUCUGGAUUCAAAAUGGUGACUUACGAGAAUUUGACUUUUGGUGUUGCAGCGAUUCACUCUGGAUUUAAACUCUGAUGUUGGAGUUCUGUCAAACGGAACAAUAUUGACAACUCUAAAGAAACGUAACUGUGACUAAUAGUUUUCUCACAGUGGACAGUCUAUUGUGAUAAUUUCACUCAGGAGUUGUAUAGCCCUAUCCCCAAGACUUCUUAGUUGAAAUAAUUAAAUAUAUUUAUUAUAAGUUUGAGAUGUAAGAGCCAGUGUCGCUGUAUGUACAGUGAACGGAUCAGUGAGUCCGUAAACUUUCGGUCGACACACAGACAAUACAAGGUGAUCCGAGGGUUUGAUACAUCCUAAUCAUGUGUGUCAAUCAUCCAUCCUCGAUCGAUAUUGCAGGGGUUACAAUCCUUACAUAAUCCGCGUCCUUGGAAAAUGCUGUAACGAAAUCAAAACCACUGUGGUGUAUGCACCACCUCACAGAUGAUCUACUAGACCAGUUAGAUCCUUUGAUGCGCAUUAAGGACUCACAAGGCAGCAUAACAAUAAAGUUGACUGGCUUUGAAGUCGGGUGUUGCUCCUCUGUAAUCUUAAAAGGACAAUUGUCAGCCUAGCAAGCAAUUGGUCACUUUUAAGCUCACCUAACCAAAGGGCAAGUGAGCUAUGCCAUGGUGCGGCGUCCGUUGUCUUUCCGUCCGGCAUCUGGCGUCCGUCUGUCCGGCAUCAACGUUUUACUUUAAACAACUUCUUCUCAAUAACCAAAAAGCCCAGG